AUGCGAGAAGCGGGUACCUACAAGGUGGAGCGGGUGAUCCAGGGACCCCAGGCGGGUGCCGUGAACGUCGCGGGCGGGUCUGAACCUGUCCUCAACUUCUGCGCCAACAACUACCUGGGCCUUUCAAGCCAUCCGUCUUUGGUGCAGGCGGCACAGAGCACCAUGUCUUCGCACGGCUUCGGGUUGUCCUCGGUUCGCUUCAUCUGCGGUACGCAGGAUUUACACAAAGAGCUUGAGGCGGCCAUCAGCAAGUUCCACGGCACGGAGGACACCAUCCUCUUCCCCUCCUGCUUCGAUGCCAACGCGGGUCUCUUCGAGGCUUGCCUGGGCCCGGAGGAUGCUGUGAUCUCCGAUGCGCUGAACCAUGCGUCCAUCAUCGAUGGAAUCCGGCUCUGCAAGGCCCAGCGACAUCGGUACAAUCACUUGGACACGGCGCAUCUCGAGGAGAUUCUCAAGGAGUGCGUCGCGAAGGGCACGCGGCAGCGGAUGAUUGUGACGGAUGGGGUCUUUUCCAUGGACGGGGACAUCGCCCCCUUGCGCGAGAUCUGCGACCUCGCAGACAAGUACGAGGCCCAGGUCUUCGUGGACGAGUGCCAUGCCACGGGCUUCCUCGGCAGCUCGGGGCGGGGUACGCCGGAGCUGUGCGGAGUGGCCGAUCGCGUGGACAUCAUCAACAGCACCCUCGGAAAAGCCCUGGGCGGCGCCACGGGCGGCUACACGACGGGACCGAAGGCCUUGAUUGACCUCCUGCGCAACAGAGCCAGGCCGUAUCUCUUCUCCAACACGCUGGCCCCCUCGGUGGCCGGAGCAUCACUACAGGUCUUCAAGAUGCUCUCCGACGAGUCGAACAGCAAAGAGCUGCGUGGCCGACUUGAGGCCAAUGUUAAGCAGUUCCGCUCGUCGAUGCGAGCCGCCGGAUUCAAGCUGAGCGGCCACGAGAGUUGCCCGAUCGUUCCUGUCAUGCUGGGGGAUGCCCGGCUCGCCUCGGAGAUGGCCGAUGAGAUGCUGAAGAGAGGCAUCUAUGUCAUCGGCUUUAGCUACCCGGUGGUGCCGAAGGGUGCCGCGCGCAUCCGGGUGCAGAUGAGUGCGGCCCACACGCCGGAACAGGUGCAGCGCUGCAUCGAUGCUUUCGUCGAAGUUGGCCGAGCCAAGGGGGUGCUUUGA